AUGGGUUCCAAUAGGAAUUCCAGAACUUGGCCUGUUUGCGGCGACCGGCGCGAGAAAACCCUGCGACGUAUAGUUUCCCAGAGCGCGGACGUCGACCGAAAACAACAUGGCGAGCACGCCCCUCGCCGGCCAAUCACCGAAGUGGAAGCGACCGUCGGAGAUAAUGCGGAGCCGGAGGAGGGGAGCUGCAUCGCGGGGCAGAGAGAGGAGCAGGUCGGCCGUAGAGGCGUCCGCAACGGGGACCGGGUCGCCAGGCACACACGAGUGUUCGCUUCACGUCUGCUAAGUCGUUCGGGUGGUGCAGCGGUCUGCGCACGGUGCAGGAAGCGUGCGGAACCGCGUCCUUCGUACGAUGCCAGCCGCCGCGCGACGAGGGAGAGGCAGGAGAGUCUGAGAUCGCUCAUGCUGCUGCUGCGUGCCAGGCACUGCCCUUACUUCUACGUCUGCGCAGCGACCUUCACCGCCCUCUUCAGGGCCGCAGCGACCGGCGGCGCCACCUACGAAGCCGUCCUCACGCCGACAACGAGCGGGUUUCGAGAGGCUCUGAGAAAAGGAGGUGUUAACUUCACGAUGCCCCUGAACAAGUCAGCGAGUGGAUGGGAAUCAGUGAAGAAGAACUCGACAUCAGAAAGGAGCCCAUCACUCAUCACUCAAGAAGGAGCCACCGCUGACCAAGUCGCCGAAAGCAAGGAGGAACUACAGAAGGAAGCUUCCUGUAAUAACGAUGAUCUGGAUUCUCAUCCCUACGAUAUGGACCUGGAUGCAAUAGAACUCACGACGGGAAAGUUAAAAGUACAGGGCGGAAAGUCGCGCAAGGUCGACCUCUACCCAGAAUCCACCGUCAAGGUCGAAGGUCGCGACUGCCAGGCCCUCUACAACUACCUGUUGAACAGCAAGAGCUGCGUUUCCAACGCCGGCCACCAGGCGGGGCUGCCGCCUACGCUGCUGGCUCCCGUAGCAUUUCACGGAGCGACGCUGGACACUCUGAAGGUUCAGCACGGAUCCGUACGACAGGCCGGUGGCGCCCUCUACACACUGCAGCUGACCGGAGCGCUGCUCCCCUCCGCCGUGAACGGACUCUGCCGCCUCGUCGCCGCGACACAAGGGGGCGCCACCUUCGCGGCGACGACUGUGCCGCGCGCGGGACCGCACGACGCCGCUCAGCCACGGGGGCGCGCCCGUCGCCGAUCCCUCCCUCCGGCGCAGCGCCGAGACGCGGCGGUUCGACUCCGCGAUCGUCGGGGCAGCGGCUGCCUUGCUGCCGCCAGGUGCGGCGCGGACGUCUCGAUGGACGCCCACGCCUUUGACCUGGUCGCAGCGGUUUCGGCGGUGCACGCGGCGGCAAACUUCGGAAUGUCGGAAGAGAGUGCCGAUCGUGUUUGCCGCCGCGCCAGCAGGGGGGAGCCACCGACGCCGCGAACGGCGGUCCGUCCAGGAGAUUGUCUUUAG